AUGGCGCUCUCGUCGUCCGAUGCGAAGAGCGACCUGGCUGCUGUAGAGAACCAACUUCAACAACAAUCCACGGCGAUCCUCGAGGCCCUCUCCAAGCAGAGCGACGUCAAUGUGGUCGAGCUGCAACAAAAGAUUCACGAUCUGGCAGAUGAAGCAUCUCGUCACAAGCAAGAUCUCUUCCUCACACAGUCCAAAUUGCAGCGAGCCCAAGACGCGCUCGCACAAACCUCACAAAAGCUCUCCAAAGUGGAGCACGAGUAUGUGCGCUACCAGAGCAAUCUUCUCCGUGCCACCGAAGGCAAGCCCACCGUCCCGGCUGGAACCACCGUGACAGCCUCUGAGCCUGCACCUCCUGUCGAUAAGCCCACCGAGACCGUCGUCAAGAACGAGGCGGCGUCUCCGAAGGGUAUUACGGAACCCACGCCAGAGACAUCCGAAGCACUACAAAAGGCGGUCGAACAGCUGGAGAGUGCACGUCAGGAUGUCGAGCUGACGCGGAGGGAGAGCGACUCGAGGUAUGCGGAGAUCCAGACGCUCAACGAAGAAGUUAGGGCGCUCAAGUACAAGCUGCACGAGACGCAGACCAAGCUGACAACAUUACCGGAAGAGGUACUGCUCAGCUCGGCGCUGUAUCGCGAACUCCAGGUUUCAUUGCGGCACGCCCAGCAUGACUUGCAAGCCAGCAGAGGGGCGAUGCAAACCCUCGAGACCGAGGCCACCGCAUUGCGCGAAGACCGUGCCACCUUCCAGCAGACUGUCGAGGCGGAAGCGAGCAACCGUUCGGAAGACCUCGAGAAGCUGGUCAAGGCGAAAGAAGCCGACGUUACGCGGUUGCGAAGCCAGCGUGACGAACUCAACGCUGAGCUCACCGAGCGUCGUUCGCGAGAGCAGGUCAAGUUCACGCAGAUCGAGGAAAUGAAGGCGCUACUCAACAGCAAGGAGGAGCGCUUGACGCUCCUCAGCAGCCAGGUGCGCCGACUGCGCAUGGCUGUGGCGGCAUUUCAAGGUCAAACCGUCGGUGUAGCCGCCUUGAUCAAGGCCGACACGGAAGAGGAUCAGUUCGAACAAGUCAGUCGUGAGGCUCAGGAAGCGCAGGCACGUAUCGCUGAGCUCGAGAAGCGUCUUGUUGCCGCUCCUGCACCGAACGGAACCGAGCUCAAGGUGAAGGUGGAGGAAGGUGGCGAGGCUGCCAGCGACGCGGACCUGCGAGCCGAGAACGAGCGAUUGCGGUUGUCGCUGCAGGCCGCCGAAGCAUCCAGCAAGGCGGUGGAUGACGAGUUGGAAAAGAUCAGCGCAGCGUAUGCCGAUCUGGAGAGGCAGGCGUCCGUCAAGGUGACAGACGUAAGUCGGAUGGAGGAGAAGGCGUUGCGAUGGGUGACGGAAAAGUCGAAAGCGGACAACAAGUACUUUUCGGCGAUGCGCGCCAAGGAUGCCGUGGAUGCGGAGCUGCGAACGGCCAAGCAGGUGUACGAGCGUCAGCAAAAGACGAUUGAAAAGUUUGCCGAUGUGGAGCGCAACUACACGGCGCAGCUAGGACUGCACGAAAAGCAAGUGACGGCGUUCAAAAGGGCGGUCGAGGCGCACAGCCGGCGCAUCGAGGAGCUGCAGCGCGAACUCGAGCUGGCCGAGACGCGUCUGGCCGAAUCGGUGAGGACGAAGGAGGCGAACAGCGAGUCGAUCAAGGAACUGAUCAACACCGCGAAUACGGAAAAGGACCAACGCAAGCGGGCGGAAGAACGCAUCGCACGCCUGGAAAAGGAUCUUGAGAGCUCCAAGCGACAGCUGGCGAGAGCAGCAGCGUCUGCCACCAAGAACAAGGGCCGUCGCGGUUGGGAAGCCGGAGACGGCAGGAGCGAAAAGGAUGACCUCAAUGCGCUUCUGCUCUGCUCGUCGUGCAAGGAGAGGUACAGAAACCGCAUCUUGACCAAGUGUUUCCACACUUUCUGCUCCGAGUGCAUCGACUCGCGCGUACAGACCCGCCAGCGCAAGUGUCCUCACUGUGCCCUGGCAUUUGCUGUCAGCGACGUGCAACCUCUAUACCUGCAGUGA